AUGCUCGCAAGAUUUAAACCUUUAAUUAUACAAGCAGUUAGGAACUCUACUACUACUGAACGCCUCGCUAAGGAAGUGACAAUAGAAAUAGAUGAGGAAUCUAACAGUUAUACUCAAAAAGUAGAUACAGAACAGUCUCUUUCGAAUUUUAGAAAAGAAUUAUCAGACUUAUAUGAACAAAAUCCAAACGGACGUCCAUAUAUAUAUAAAAAUAUGUUUUUUGUUGGCAAAGGCGGUGGUAUUAUAAGCGAAGAAGAUGAAAAUGAUUGUAAGUUAAGUGAUGUGCUUCAUUAUGGAAAUAUUAUAAAGAUUAAACGAUCUCUUAAGCACAUUGAUGAAUCGGAAAUUAUAAAACGGUGCAAGUUAGAAUAUGGAAUUAAAAUGUCUGAUGAUGGACCUGUUGAACCUCAUAAAAAUAAAAAGGCCUUUGAAUUUAUUAAACAAAAUGAAGUGGUUGAGUUGUUCCAACAAAUCGCAGAUAUCUAUAGCAAAGUUGAAAGUAUUACACGAAAUAAUAAAUAUGAAAUCAUUUACCAAAAAAAUUUAAUCACUAAUCUAAAAGUUUCUACCAAUUUACCUUGGUCAUCAUUAUCCACUAGCCUUAAUAUAUCACACAAAAGAUCAAAUAAAAGAGCUAACUACAAUGAAACUUCUAUGACGUUCGAUGUCAAUCUACAAGGUCGUGCGAAAGUAAUAAUGACUAACAAAAUUCGUCCGUCAAAAGAAUUUGAAAAAGCAGUAGAUCAUGCUCUGAGAUGUCCUAACCCUAUUGAAGAACUUAAAGGUGUCUGUAAUGAAUAUGGGGAAUUCUGGGCACGUGAAAUAAUCAUAGGAGGAAAAAUUCAAAUAGUUCGAGACGAUUUCGUUGAAAUUAAUACACAGACAGAGGAAAGAAUGUUAGGUGCCGGUUGUAGUAUUGAUAUAAGAAAUAAUAAUUCAAGUUUGCAGUAUAAUAGGACAGAAAAUAGAAUAAUAGACACAAAUAGUAGAGAAUCUAGAACUAGGCCUAUGUAUAUUGGAGGAGAUAUCAAUAUGGCUCGCGAAAAUGUUAAUGAUUGGAUUAAAACUUUAGAAAAUUACACUAAAUGGAGAAUUGUAGAAUAUCGAGAUGUGGUUUCAAUUUUUGAAAUUCUUGAUUAUAAUCUACGCAGACGUGUACUCGAUACUUUAGGAAAGAAUAUUCUUUACGCUAAAGUCGAUCUACGUGAACUAACGUUUUUUCAAAAUCAAAAACCAUGUAUACACGAAUUAGAUAUACCAAAGAAAUAUAAAGAAAACCUUAAAGACUAUCAAAUUUUUGCUACAAUAAUAAGCAAGAAGGGAAAAGGCACUUUUUCUGUUCGAGUCAUGUAUACGACCGACAACAACUCUACAAAUCUUCAUUCUGCAAAUCUCCUCAUUCAUCAAUUCAGAAAGUCUGGAGGUAAUAGACCACGAGAGUAUUCAUUGAAAAUAGGAUGGAUAAUCAUUGGCAUUCCCAAUGACUUUAAUUACUUUGACUUUGAGGGUUUUGAUGAUCUAAAGGAAUUAGAAGUAAAACUUUGCAACAAUUUUUCAAGUAAUCAUCAGAAUGCUCUCGAUAUUUAUGAUGAGUACGAAGAAUAUAAAACUAAUCCGUUAGUUACUUGCGCACUAAGAAAUAGUGACUCUCUUCGAUAUAAUCCACUUGAGUUAAAAAUAGUUACUGGAAUACACUUUCAUUACACUCCUGAAAAACAUUUACAAAUGUGUAUCCAUAAUCAUGACCUGGCAAGUGUAAGAAAUGAAGAUAUAUUAUCAUAUCUUUCAGUUCAAUACUGUAUUACUCACCGUGACCAUAGUUCUGUGCCUAAAGGAAUGUUGCGUCAUAAUACAAUAUUCAGGAAAAAAACAAAAUGGGAAUGUAUUCAACCAGACUUUGCAAGUCUUUAUCAAAAAGCCAUUGGAAGUUGUGUUCCAGGAUUAUUAAAGAUCACUCCUGAAAAUGUAGUUUUUAAACCUUUUAAUGGAAUUACUUUUAACGAAAAAGAACUACUUGCGUUAUACUAUAUGUGUAUCUUACAAAAGUGUGAAAUAUAA